GGGAAAUCCAAUAUGGCAGCCUACUGGGCUAAUUUCCCCUCACGCUGUCAAAAACUAGUUUCCCACAACCUUAUCAAACCACUUCCAUUGAUUUGCAUACCACACUGAGUUAACAUGGCAUCUGAAGAACAGCUCUACCAAUUAUGGCUGCUGUACUCGACUAAGCAUGAUAUUCAGUAUUGGAAAUUAUAUGUAAAACAGUUUAUACAGAGCAAUGAGAAUGUCAUUGAUCUAACUCACAGAUAUCUUACUGAUGGGUUUGAAUCAAAUGGACCCCAUAUCAGUAAGCUUCCGGAUGGCAUUCUUGAAGUUAUCACAUGUCAGCUUAUAGAAUGUAGAGAACAAUGCCAAGAAAAUGUGAACCUGGAUAGUCUUUCUCACGCUGAAUUACUCAUCAAAGUGCUUAUAAUCAUUUGUAGAAAUUUAGACAACAUUCCUCUUGUUGCGUCAUGUGAUCAUACAGGUCACCUCAUUGCCAUAGCAACCAAUGUGGUUAAACAGAUUAAUGAUGAAACGAGUGAUUCCAGUCCAUUAGUGACCUAUUUUGAACAUUUGUUACAUUUAUUAGAAUGUAUGUAUGAUCCAUAUCAUGUAUGGAGAAAAAGACUUUGUUGUAUCACUGUUGAUAAGACUUUAUUUAAAUAUAAGCCUGCUUACUUGGCACCAGAAGUCCUGACAUUCUAUCAUGAGAGUCUGACUGAAGAAGAAUCUUGGUGUUUAACCUCUCGCCAACAAUGCCAUUUAUUACACAUGUUCGGGGCCAUCAUGUCAGGAAUGCAGGUGAACGCCCUGAAGGCCAUCAACCCCUUUACUGUAGAUACACUGUUCAAGUUUAUCAGCUCAAAGGGCGUGACUCAGAACUUGCCAGCUAAAAAUGAAGUGGUAGAGUUAGCACUGAAAUGUGUGAAUCGUAUGAUACAUGUUAUACAUGUCUGCAGCCCUGAUAAGAGACAAGUUGACGUGAGUACUGUUGUUGAUAUCUUCUUAAUGGUGCUUGCUGAUAAAGAUGGCAAACAUAAAAGUAUAGAACUACAGCAUUCUAUGUUGGGUUCAUUGCCUGCUAUGUUGGAGUGCAGAGAUAAAGCAGCCUUGCAGGCCAUCUUAUUGGGGGUGGAUACAUUUAGGUAUAUCAUGGGAGUUCUAGACAAUGCAAAGAAUGCAGGUGAAUAUGAUAGACAGGUGUUUGGUGUUCUUAUUGUAAAAGCCUUGUCAGCUUUGAUGACAGGAUCUGUGGCUGCUAAGGAGACGUUCAAGGACAACUAUGGCUAUUUGAAACUCAGUGAAGGACUCAAGGGUCUGGGACAACCGAGCAGAGAACUGCUUCAGGCUCUCCUAGACAUGGUUGUUGAAGCUCAAUUCAGUAAAAAACUGAAACCAAGUCUACCAAACAGUAAAGUUGCUUUGCUGUUACUGCGAUGGAUUCCAGCCAUUGAAGACCCUGAAAUGCAGACAUGGUUGGCUGAGUCAUUGAAAUUCAUCUGUACCUUUAGCACUCAUAACAGAAUGCAUAGUUGUAAUGUGCGCAUGAUUACUGCUAUUUUAGAUGUACUUGGAAAAGCUGAGAAUAUCAACAACAAAGCCUUAGAGCACCUGUGUGGUUUACUAGAGUAUCUCGGAAUACAUAGUAUUACCGCUAGAGAAUUCAAAAAGCUGAUUGGUUUAUUGCGUGGUAAAGAAGACAAUGCUUUAUCAAUGCUAUGUGGUAAAUUAAUGCAUGUUAUGUCAGUAAUGGCUAGACGAGAAGACCAAGAUGGACCGCUUCAUUAUUUUGACUUUCAACAUAAUACGGCUGGUAUAUCUAUACCUGGUAUUCCUAAAUGGCCAGGUCAUGGAUUUACUUACCACACUUGGAUCAAUCUGGAUUCCAACCCCAUUACCCCACAGUCAUUUGACACUGGUCUAUGUCGCAGACAGUUAUACAGCUUUUUCACAGACAGUGGUACUGGUUUUGAAGCAUUCUUCACCAUGGAAUGUAUUCUUGUGAUAGCAAUGUGUACAAAAAAGGAAUAUUUCACAGUGGCCGUCGUAGACCAUCCAUUCACAGACAAUCAGUGGCAUGCAUUAGAUAUAGUACAUUCUAGUGGUAAAAGACCUUUUGGUCAAAGUCAAGUAUCUGUGUUCAUAGAUGGUUGUAUGGUACUCACUACUCAGCUCAAAUUUCCUGCAAUGAAUGAAGCAUUUACAUUAUGUAGAAUAGGAUCCGGAGGACAUCGUACAAAUGUACCUCGCUACCCACCGGAAUCACCACUAUCACCAACAUUAGUGCAGCCAGUCACCUCCUUUCCAUUCAAUCUACCUGUCCCCCUAUCUCCACGUGGUUCCUUCCAAGAAGCUCUGGUUAUUAGUACAGCGGCUGGAUCACAAGAUGGUGAUUGGGGAGUGCCAUGCUCUCUGCAGGGACAGAUGGGUAGCGUUUGCGUCUUCCAUGAAGCUCUCAAUCCAUCACAUAUCAAAUAUCUUUGUCAGCAAGGUCCAAAUCAUUUACUGCUGUUCCAGUCAGAAUCUGGUGAUAUCUCUGAACAAUCUUUGUCUCAGAAAUUAGUACUUUAUUACAAUGCCAAGGCUUGUAAAGACUUUGUUUGUCUAGACCUUGCUCCAAAUCACUUGUAUGAUGGUAGACUUACUGGGCAUAAGUGUGUCACUUGGGAUAUCAAGGAAGUAAUCAAUAAUAUCGGUGGGAUACAAGUUCUCUUCCCUUUACUGGAAUUGUCAACCCCGGAAUACAUGAACUUUAACAAACUCAGCGAUGACAACAAUGGUGUUAAUAAAGAAAAUUUAACAGCGCAAGAUUCGCAGGAUAGUGAGAAUGAUUGGAUUGUUGUGCCAAAGACUUAUUACCUUGAUGCCAAACUAGAACAGAAUCCUGUUGCUAGCUUUCUAACUCUAUUAAGACACAUGUGCAGGGGAAACACAGACAACCAGGAAAGGCUAACAAGAACGUAUGAAAUAGCUACAAUUGGAGCUCUUAUGCAGCGGCUUAAUGCCAGCUUGAUUGAUGUGAAUGUACUCAUGGCAGUACAGCUAUUGGUGGAAUGUAUCGGAACCAGUGUGCCAAACUUAUUACAAAUUAUCUAUCAGUACAUCCUGUUUGAUUUUAGAAUUUGGAGUAAAAGUGAAUUUCCUGUCAGAAUUGGUCAUAUACAGUACUUGUCUACACUUAUUAAAGAUCAGAGAAAACAGCUGAGAAAGAAAUAUGGGGUACAAUUUAUGUUGGAUGUCUUCAGGACAUAUUACAGUUUUCCUGAUCCUGGUUUAUCACCAGAAGAUGCUCGGUCCAUUAGAGUGUCUCUGCUGGGUCUUAUAAAGUAUUACGUUUCUAAAGGAAUUGAAUUUGAAGAAGUGUCUUGUAUAAUUAGUUUUCUCACGGCAGCUACUGAAGAUUCAUUGUGUAAACUCUCUGGACCUUUGCGAUGGUCGUCUGUGAUCAUUGAGGUGAUUGAAAUGUUGAUUUCCUUAUUAGAGAGUCCGGGUAAGGAUCAACUGUUUUUAUUGCUGUAUGAGCAAGGAUGUGCUGAUUUGUUGUACACUAUCAUUGCGAAAAAGGAGUACUCUGAAACAGUGAAGCUGAAAGUAUUUCGGUUGUUUUCUGUGAUGACAAGAACAGAUAGAGUGUAUGAGAAGAGCAAGACACGGCUGAGACUGCUGGAUAUUGGGUUCUCUGGUCUGACUGUUUUAAUGAGUAAUCAGCAGAUCAGUCUAAGCAUGGCUAUUGGUAUCGUGGAACAAGUGGCUGAUAACUAUGUGAACUAUGCUGGCAUAAUGGCUGUACUGCAGUUAAUACACAAUUCUGAUAUUACCAUCAGGCUACAAGUAUGUAGGCAUGUACUGCACGCUAUAUAUUCCAAGACUGGAGCUUCUGGUCAGCUCUGUAAACAAGUUGGCUGGCAAGAUACUGUUGGCAGACUGUUUAUUUGGAAGCCUUUAGAAAAUACUAAAUCAGACAGGAAAACAAGUGAAUCCAGUAAUUCAUCUGCCAAUUUGGACUUGAUGGCUUUUGAAAAUGAAUCUCGGGAAAAUUCGGCUAAAACCAUUGAAGAAGAUGAUGUGUCUGUUAGUAGCGAAACUGGUUUGAUCCAGUCUGAGCUGAGCUCAACCAGUUUAGACUUUGCUGUCACUGACCCUAUAUUAGUACGUCGUGUUGAUAGUGGAUUAAGUAUUGGCUCGUUAAUAAGGCAGAACUCGUCAAUGGAAGUGAUUCAAGAUCGACCUCCUGAUAUGCAUACGUUGGAAGAUGACCAUCAUGCAAUGCAGGAACUAAGCGAUAUGCUGAUAGAAAUUCUUUUUCAUAUUCUGUGGAAAGGCGUCAGUGGUUCCGAUGAUGAUGCUUGGAAGGAAAGAGGAAAGGUCUUUGCAUGUAUCAACACAAUAUCCGAAAAGUAUGAGCUCAUUCGGCCGCCAGUGGAGCUGAAACGACUGCUGUUUGAAAAGAUGCUAGAUGCUUGCGUAUCUGAUGUAAGAGAUAGUAAGGUUCCCACGGCAACAUACUCUGAAAAUGCUCUGAAAUUAAUCAAGUUGUUACAGCAUUUCCUAAUGGCCGAAACAGAAGGACAACAUCACAAAUACCAUCAGAAGUUGGUAGAUAGUUUGACGUUAUUACUGGAUGCUCUCAAUGUAUGGGAAGACUCAUUUGGGGAAGGUGACUGGGUAGAGAUGGCUCACAUUGGUGUUGUUAUACUCGUAGGCUUUUCUUCACAGAAUGAUAUUGAGUUAUGUGCAUCUUCAACAGCUAAACUUCAUAUUCUACUGGAAACCAGGCCCUUACAAUCCACGGCAGAAGCUUGUUAUCUACUUGGUUCAGUAGAUAGAGCAUUGGUGAAAUCACUCAAAGGUGAUAAGAAGACUUAUUCUUUUCUAAUUCCUUUGAUGAGAGCUGUGAUUGAUAAAUACGUGGAACCACUAAAUAUGAAACUACAUCUACCAACCCUGCCAAUGACCAACAUGAGUCCUACAUUCUUUGAAGACUUCCAAAAGUACUGUCUGGACCCAGAGUGGAGAGCCUUCAUUGAAAAACAGGUUCAUCCCAUGAUGGAGGAGUUUUGUGAAAAUUGUUUCAAGGAGUCCAUAGAGGGUAUAAAUAAAGACAUGAGUGACUGCACUGAAGCUCUCAAUAUUAGUAUUCAUCUGAGACAGCGUGAGAGGGGAGAAAAUAAACUCAAAUUCCAGGAUAACAUUUUGGAGCCAUUUAAGAAACAAAGAAAAGCUGAAACUAUAAGAUACACUGCAACUGUAAACCAACAAAAGAACCAGCACACCUCUACGUUGAGGCAAUGGAGAGCCAGUAAAAGAUUCUUGACAGGAGAGCGGGGCUCUUGGUCUGAAAGAUGUCCUUCUGCAGUGUACUGGAAGUUGUCCAUGACAGAAAACUUUUCUAGAAUGCGUCCAAAGUUAACUCAGAAUUAUAAUUUUGAUAAUCACCUUGAUGCUGCUCAGCAGAGAGACAACACUGGAAGUCCUUCUGAUUCCUCCAUGGAAGAAAUUCCAUUGACUGUUGCUAAGGAAGCUAAAGUUGAUGAGAUGGAAGAUGAUAUCUUGGGUGAUGAGGAAUGGAAUCUUAUGAGAAAUGAAAGUUCCACAUCACUGGUAGAGAGUACAAAAGAGAAGACUGUCGUGAGUGAAAGUUGUCAACUUGUCACUGUGAAUGAAGUAAUAUCCGGUAAACUGGAAGUUACAAACUCAUUUCUCUAUUUUAUUGAUGGAACACAAGAAAACGAAGAAGGUGGUGGACAAGAUUUUAAAUGGGCGCUAUUACAACUAAGAGAAGUCCAUCUUAGGCGAUACAAUCUGAGAAGAACUGCUCUAGAAAUGUUUUUAAUUGAUCAGACCAACUAUUUUAUUAAUUUUGAUAAUAAGAAGUUUCCAUGGGUAUUAUCUGAUUACACGUCUGAAGUGUUAGAUCUGAGCAAUCCAGAUGUAUACAGAGAUCUUUCCAAACCUAUGGGUGUAGUGAAUCCAAAGAAUGUGGAAGAAGUCAGUGCAAAGUUUGAGAACUUUGAGGACCCAUCUGGUAUAAUAGACAAGUUCCAUUAUGGUACACAUUAUUCUAAUGGUCCCGGGGUGAUGCAUUAUCUAGUGCGAGUAGAACCAUUCACAACUUUACAUAUAUCAUUGCAGAGUGGAAGAUUUGACUGUGCAGACAGACAGUUUCACUCCAUUCCCAAUACCUGGCAAUCUUCAAUGGAAAAUCCCAAUGAUGUUAAAGAAUUGAUUCCAGAGUUCUUCUAUCUUCCUGAAUUCUUGGAAAAUAUGAAUAAUUUUGAUCUUGGUAAGCUGCAAUCUAAUGAGACUAUAAAUGAUGUCGUGUUGCCAAGGUGGGCGGAGUCUCCAAAUGAUUUCAUCUACAAGCACAGGUUGGCAUUGGUAUCUACCCCAGAUAGUGACCCACUGGUGUAUGUACAGGUACCUAAAAGCCAAUCUAGGUCAUUCAUAGACCAUGAACGGAAAGCUACAGAGGGAAUGAUAAAUAAUUUUGGGCAGACACCAACUCAGCUACUUAAAGAACCUCAUCCUAGACGUCUGACCCCAGAGGAAGCAGCUCGAAAAGCUAUGAAGUCACAAACACAGACUUUGAAUGUCUUUGACUAUUUAUCUCAUCUCAAGGCAUUCUUUGUGGAGGUAUCUACCCCAGAUAGUGACCCACUGGUAUAUGUACAGGUACCUAAAAGCCAGUCUAGGUCAUUCAUAGACCAUGGUAUGCCUGAUAAUAUGAUAACACUGAGUGAGAGGGGAAUUCUAGGAAUCCAUGGUUGGCUACCCUAUGAUAAAAUAAUAUCCAAUUAUUUUACAUUUGAAAGAGAUCCUACGCUUGUCAGCCCAAAGUUUCGGAGAAUGGUUGGAGGACCUUUUGCUCCAGGACUCAAAAUCACUCCUUCCCUAUUUGUGGUAUCACAUGAUUCUCGGAUGCUGUUUUCUGGAGGACACUGGGAUAACAGUCUAAGAGUACAUAACCUGAAAAACAUCAACAAAGGAAAGAAUGUGUCUAUCAUCACAAGGCACCAUGACAUUGUAACAUGCUUGGCUUUGGAUAACUGUGGAACUCAGCUCAUAACAGGCUCCAGAGAUACUACAUGUAUGAUAUGGGAAGUUACAUACCAAGGCGGUGUUGCUAGUGUUCUGGUAGAUAAACCACUACAGACCUUAUAUGGUCAUGAUGAUGAAGUGACGUGUGUGGCAAUCAGUACUGAAUUAGACAUGACAGCGUCCUCUUCCAGGGAUGGGACAUGUAUAAUACACACUGUUCGAAAAGGUCACUAUGUUCGUACAUUGAGACCGACGAGUGAUGAUCCAUUACCUAUGUCUAUUCCACUGUUAGCAGUGUCUGAGGAAGGACAUAUAGCACUGUACUGUGAACAACGGUCUCCAGGAAUCAAUAAACACUCCUCCCCAAAAUACCAGGACAAAUUGUCGCUUCAUCUAUACUGCAUAAAUGGCAAGUAUCUUUCGUCAGAGCGUGUUCUAAACAACGUUUCUGAUAUGCUCAUAACAAAGGAAUACUUGGUUACUGGUGACACUCAGGGAAAUCUUAUCAUCAGAAACUUUUUCAGUCUACAGAUUCUGACAAGUAUGCCGUUACACGUACCAAUCCAUGCUGUUACUGUGGUUCCCAAGAACAGUCACUUCCUGGUUGGACUUCGUGAUGGCAAACUCAUCAUUGUAGGAAUCGGAAAACCCAAUGAGAUCAGGAAAAUCUUCUAGAGAUUAAUAGAAAAGACUCCAUGUCUAUAUUUUUGUAUAUAAACGGCUCAACUACUUUGCAUAUUCAAUAUGUAAUCAGAAACCCUCCAAUUGAUUUUCUUGUUGUACAGUUUAGAAACCCAUAUGUGGGCAUAUGUCAAGAAAUAUGGGGGUCAGGGUUCAGGGGUUAAGGUUCAUCUACAGGGAAAUAAAAGCAUGUGAUUUUAACUUAGGCUUGUUGGGAUAUGCCAAGUUCAGAUUUAGGGCGGACAAAUAUAAUUUAAUGUUACCAUAUUUCCUCCAAAAGAAGUGAAUAAAAUUGCCAGGAUACACAGCGGGCAUUAGAAUAACAUCUUUUGAAGAUGUAUCUUUGCUAUUCGGGUUAUGAAAGGUUCUUCUAAUAAAGCAAAUAUGGUUUCCUGUUGGUCAAUUGGAUGAAAGAAACUUGAUGAAGUGAUCUGUUUUACUGUGAUAUUUAUUUUUCCACUCCUCACUUUCCACACAGUGUAUGGCUGUUCGCUUUUAUUGUUGCGUUUUUAUCACUUGUCUUUGACCAAUUGGGCGCCAAAGUCAGCUUUUUCCCCCAUUUAACAAAA